AUGCAUCCAACGUGCAUUGGUGGAGUGGUGGCUACACGCUCGCCUGGCAUAGCGAAGCUUGAGUUUAGUGCUUCCCUUUGCUGUGAACUCACCGGAAUAAUUACACCAGAACAGGAGAACAACCGUUCAAACGAGGUGCGAAUACGGACAGAUGAUGUGAGGCGUCUUGUGGUCUUCGGCCACCGAUGCCUCAAAAUCAUGUCUGGUUUUAGGUGGCGUCAGCGUGUUAGUAACGAGAUGAUUAGAAAACUGGUAUUUGGUUGUGCGGCAGGUACUUCAAUCCGAGAAAAUAUCUAG